UCUGCACACGCUUGGCCGUGCCGCGCCGGGGAUAAAUUCAAAUGCGCGGCUCGUUCCCGACAAGUUCGACUUCGGAUGAACCACGGGGAACCAGUUGGAAUCUGACUUACCUACUCAACUUGGAAGGAUGGAGAGCAAGAAGGAAUGCAGCUGCACCGACUGCAAGUGCUGCGUCGAUUGCGGCACUGGGAAUUGCAAGUGCGGCGACAAAUGCCAGUGCUGCGAUUGUUGCGUCGGCAAAGCCGAAGCCAAGUGCUGCGCGAAGAGCAAGGCCAGCGGAGGUAAGGGCUGCGUUUGCUGCGAGAAGUGCAAUUGCUGCGACGCUUGCGGAGACGGGUCGGGGGCUUGCAAGUGCGGCGACGCGUGCAAGUGCUGCUGCUGCUGCCCCAAGCCGAAGCCGGACGCCCACGGUGCCGACGGCUGCAAGGAUUCAUGCGCGUGCUGCGACGCUUGCGGCACCGCGAGUGCCUGCAAGUGCGCGGGCAAGUGCGAGUGCUGCGAGUGCUGCAGCGUGAAGGUGAUCGGCGACAGGGCCAGCAAGGUCGUCAAGUGUUGCUGCUCCGGGUCAUUCGAGGCCGGCUCUUGCUGCGUUAUCGUGAAGCUGCCCAAGUCCAGCGCGCGCAAGUGUCGCGCAGCGUCCGGGGCCAAAGACCGAUGCUGCUGCGCCGAGAAAGAGGGCCGAGCUUGCGAGUGCUGCACCGCUUGCGGAGACGAGAGCAAGGCGUGCAAGUGCGAGGGGCCGUGCAAGUGUUGCUGCUGCUGCUGCGCCGCGCCGAAGGCUUGCGGCUGCGACAAGCCAACUGGUGACUGCAAGUGUUGCGCCGCGUGCGCCGAUAAGAGUCGACAAUGCCAGUGCAAAGGCCAAUGCAAGUGCUGCGCCUCUUGUCAGCCAGAGGGAGCUAAGCGGGACGGCUGCUGUUGCAAGAAAGACGGCAAAGAUUGCAAGUGCUGCGGUGCAUGCGGAGACGAGUCUAAGGACUGCAAGUGCGAAGGAGAAUGCAAAUGUUGCUCUUGCUGCGCCGGCAAAGGACAGGGUGGCUGCAAAUGCUGUGCAGCCUGCGGAGACAAAUCGAAAGCGUGCGAGUGCGUGGCCGAAUGUAGAUGCUGCUCCGGAUGCCGGAAGGACGAGCUCGCAGUUGGUGCCCCGUGUCGUGUCACAGUUGAGACUACCAAAGCUGGCACCACCGUCAAGUGCUACUGCGGCCCUUCCAAGUUCGCUGGCAAAGGAUGCUGCGUCGUGGUUGACUUGACCGAAUCGGGCGACGGAUGCACGUGCUGUGCUGCUUGUGGAGAUAAAUCCAAGGUGUGUAAGUGCGAGGGAGGCUGUAAAUGCUGCUCCAACUGUUCCGACAAAAAGAAAUCCGAUGCAGCUACCAAAUCUAGCUCUGGAUGUUGAAUGGCGCAGUAGUAUUCCAUAGACUUAUUCGCACAAGCAUUCCUUUUAUUUACUAUUUUACUUGAUUUUUUCAUUGUAUUUUAAUUUUACUUAUUAGAGGUGGUUGGGUGUAUCAUUAUUGAAAUAAAGUAUAUAA